AUGGGCAAAAGAAGAGUCAGGACGGGCUGCCACACAUGCCGGAUUCGCAAGGUCAAAUGUGAUGAAGGCUAUCCGGCGUGCCGUCGGUGUCUUUCCACUGGUCGAACCUGUGAUGGGUACGGAAUAUGGGGUGGCGGAAGCUCCAACAGGCCUACGAGACCUCCUGCUAUCGCUGUGAACUCUGCACUUGUCAUCCGACCAAUGUCAUAUGUCCCACUGUCCACGAGGACCAGCAAUGAAGAGGGCCGCUACCUCCAGUGGUUCAAAGAACGCACUGGGUCGAAAAUGACAGGCUCAUUUCCCUCAGAAUUCUGGAGCGGCCUUGUCCUACAGGCUGGUAUGAGCGACCCCGCAGUGCUGCACGCCAUCCUUGCCCUAAGUUCGGUCCAUCGGCAAGGCAUCUUGAACGAUGAUGGUCUCCAGACAGGGGACGAGGAAAAGGUGACCCUGACCCGCUAUAGUACGGCGAUCAAUUAUCUAAAGCCUCAUUUCAAGACGAAGGACCGGACUGCCUUUCGAAUCGCCCUCGUUGUCUGCGUUCUGUUCAUUGCGCUCGAGCUGCUUCGAGGCCAUUUCGAGUCGGCACGUAUCCAUCUCCAACAGGGACUAAACCUCCUUGAAGGGUCAGGUCUCUUGAAGAAGAAAGGCCAACUCCUUGUAGGACCAGGCCAAGAGUAUGUUGAUGAUUGGAUUGUGCACGCAUUGUCCAGGUUGCACAUUCAACUUGAGCUGCUGAAGCAAGUUCACCGUGGUUCCUCUUUACGGGUCAAGGUCCCCUUCUUGGAAUGUAAAUCGUCAACCUUCCCCUCCUUGAAAGAGGCGUGGUCCUGGCUUCACCACCAGAUGGGAACAGUCUUUCAGUUGAAUGGAGAAGUAUGUGAACAUGUCUGUCCGAAGAGCGACCCCCCAGCAGAGCUGCUCCAGCGUCAGCAAUCCAUCCAGGAGAAUCUUACCCAGUGGCUGAACACAUACAUGACCACCAUUUAUACCAUGAAGGGCCGUAUGCCCAAAGACCAGGCGCACGUCUACGGGUUGCUUCGCACAUAUCACAUUAUGAUAACUAUCAUGGCGGCGACUUGUCUUUCUCCUGGCGACGAGAUGGUCUUCGACCUGCAUACCGACCAAUUCCUGGAAAUGAUCACUAUGCUGGCGCAUCUCUGGAAAUUCCUCUCGAUGUAUUCCACCUUUGGCUCUCGACCCGCUCAGUUCUUCAUGUCGCGUUCGAUUGGAGACAUGGGCUGGAUUGCUCCACUCUACUAUACCGCAAUCAAAUGUCGCGUGCACCGGAUUCGACUCCAUGCUAUCCGGCUGCUGGAAGCUAGCUUCCACAGGGAAGGCUUCUGGGAUUCACAGAUCUUGGCAUCCGUGGCUCGAAAGGUGAUGGAGAUUGAGGAGGGCGACCUUUAUCAGCUUCUAGAUUCGGUAGAUGACUUCGCGCUGCAUCGCCCUCCAGGGCAUGAGGAUAUGCUGUUUCCACCCCUGUCUGAAUCUUGCAGACUCUCCGAUGUCGAAGUGAGUCUGUUGGGCGAUCCUGUCAGUACGAUUUCUAUUCUUUGUAACCCGAGCGGCCAAGGAACAGGUCGCAAAGUCUGUGUUGCAAGUUACGAGGUCGCAUUUUAA